CACAAUUUUACACGCUUCUAACACAACAGGUUGAUAACUCCCAAGUCAACGCCAGGUGGACAUUACAUGCUCUGCUUGCCUUUUCCGUGUCAUUUUGUUGUUGUUUCCCUCUAACAGCUUCCCUUCGUUUCCAUCAAUUACAAUUAAAUAAUAGGUGCAUUGAACUUCCUGUAGAAUAUAAUAUUGAUUUUGUUGUGGAAAGACAAUGCUACGUGUGUGUUCCUUUCUUCCGGCGUAUGAAUGUGAUAUUUAAAGAUUGUUUCCUUAUUCGAUCGCCAUUUCUCCAAAUUCAAAACCCCACCUGUUAAGCAACAGUAUAAUAUAUAAAUUCUUGCCUCCUCCUACUUCUUCUUUGCACGCAUAGCGCAACUAUGGAUCUCAGGGAGUCAAUCAACAACCAAACGGAUGUUUCUUUCAUGCUCGCUAAGCACAUUUUCUCCAAAGAGGUUAAAGGCGAUACCAACCUUGUGUUGUCUCCUCUCUCAAUUCAAAUUGUACUUGGCCUUAUUGCUGCCGGAUGUAAAGGACCAACGCAGGAUCAGCUGCUCUGUUUCCUCAAGUCCAAAUCGAUUGAUGAACUCAACUCUCUUUAUUCUCAUCUUGUCAAUAUCGUCUUUGUUGACGGCAGCUCCAGUGGAGGUCCUCGUUUGUCUGUUGCUAAUGGUGUUUGGAUCGACCAAACACUCCCUCUUAAGCCUUCUUUCAAGCAGGUUGUGGACAAUGUUUACAAGGCUGCUUUAGAGUCUGUUGAUUUUCAGAACAAGGUUAGUCCUUUUCUUUAACUAGUCUUACGGUAAACGGGAUGCGCGUGUACUCAUGUGUUGAAUAAAAACUUCUUAAAACUGACAUAAAUAUCAUUUAAAAAAUAUAUUUUGCGUGUAAGAUAUUAGGAUUCACAAUGUUAAAUCUCAGUUUGCAUUUUUGUUGUAGUAUGUUUGUACUUUAACGAAAUAUUUUCAAAGUUUUAAUUCCAGUCUUUUAUUAAUUAUAGGUAAAUAUUAACUCAUUAGUACUAUUUAACUUGAUAUUGUUGGAAUUGAAAAUAUGAAGGGUACGACAUCUUUAUUAAUGAAGGAUUUGGGAGAUUGGCAGAAUAAACGUGGUAAAGAUUUUGUGAUUUAGUUGUUAAUUUUGGG